UAACAAAUACGGUGAAAAGUUAAAGGAUAAGUUUCUAAAGCAAAUUGUUUCCCAUUGAAGUUUUUGAUCGAAGAAGGAGAAAAAAAAUUCGAAAAAUAUUAUUUAAACUGUUGAAUAUAUAUAUAUAUAUAUAAUAACGAAGGCAUAGUAUUGAUGGUGUUUUGCUCUCGUAAGGAGUAAAAUCAAUUUUCUGUGUAUAGUUCCGAAAAGUGAGGAAAUAAAAUUAAAGAAAAAUUUUAUUUUAAAAUAUUUCAGUUAUUUUGCUUAUAUAAAUAUAUAUAACAAUUACUUAAAAAAUAUGAAGCCUUCAGAAAUGUUGCUGAUAUUUCAAAAGAUUAAAUGUAAGGUACCGUUACCCCCUGGUAUAACCAGCGCCACACUCAUACCAAAGCUGAUACGCACCAAGGAUGUCAAGCAAUUGCAAGAUGGUAAAGCACAAACAGCCAAACCAAAAUUAACGAAAUGUUUAGAUACAUUAGAUCUCACCUCGUUGGGAGUAGGUUCGUGUUGUGGCACCGGCAUGUAUUUGGUAGCUGGUAUGGUGGCAAAAAACAUAGCUGGUCCUGGAGUGGUUAUUAGUUUUAUUAUUGCCGCGAUAGCUAGUAUAUUUUCAGGCGCCUGCUACGCCGAAUUUGGUGUACGAGUUCCUCAUACUUCCGGUUCAGCAUAUAUGUAUUCAUAUGUAGCUGUUGGUGAAUUUGUAGCAUUUAUUAUUGGAUGGAACAUGAUAUUGGAAUAUUUAAUAGGUACCAGUGCCUGCGCUUGUGCUUUAAGUUCGAGUUUCGAUUCACUUACAGGAGGAGCUAUAGCAAAUGCCAUCGGCGACUCGAUAGGCACCGUAUUUGGAAAACCUCCCGAUUUUAUAGCUUUUAGCAUAACGCUAAUUAUGACUUUUAUUUUGGCUUUGGGGGCGAGCAAGUCGGUCGUGUUUAAUCAUAUUUUGAAUGCGAUUAAUUUGGCCACAUGGGUAUUUGUAAUGACAGCAGGUAUGUUUUAUGUGGACUCCAGUACCUGGACAGAGCAUCAGGGAUUUUUACCGUACGGGUGGAGUGGAGUUUUCUCUGGUGCCGCCACUUGUUUUUACGCUUUUAUUGGCUUUGAUAUUAUUGCGACUACGGGAGAAGAGGCCCAUAGCCCUCAAAAAAGCAUACCAAAAGCAAUAGUAGGCUCUUUGUUUAUAGUUCUAUUAGCCUACGUUACAGUUAGUUUAGUGUUAACUUUGGUAGUACCCUAUGAUCAUAUAAAUACCGGAGCAGCUUUGGUGCAAAUGUGGUCAUAUGUAAAUGCUCCUAAAUGCCGUAUCAUAGUGGCCAUAGGAGCUACCGCAGGCUUGUCCGUGGCAAUGUUCGGCUCAAUGUUUCCAAUGCCGCGUGUUAUUUACGCCAUGGCUCAAGACGGCUUGAUAUUUAAGCAAUUGUCACAAUUGUGGCAACGCACUAAUGUACCUGGCCUGGCCACUCUUUGCAGUGGCGCGGCUGCCGCUUUAGUGGCUUUAACUGUACGCUUGGAGAUAUUAGUUGAAAUGAUGUCCAUCGGUACCUUACUGGCUUAUACGCUUGUUUCAACUUGUGUGUUAGUUUUACGAUAUCAGCCACAUAGUACUUCCUUGGUAGAAUUGUUGCCUGCUCAAUUGCGGACACCCAUUAAUCCAAACGACGCUAAUGAUCCGCGUUCCACUACUGCCGAAGUACUCGAAACCAAUACUUUAACCAUUAAGCGAGUAACACGCGGCUUAUCUGAUUCAGACGAUUCAAUGAUCGACGAAAGUCCCGACGGGUAUUUGGGUAGAGAUGAUCAAUUCUUGGUGUCCGAUCGUUCUGAGAAUAAAUUCUAUGGCGCUGUUCACGGCGCUCCUACCGGUCCCACUGGCCAGGCAACCGCAUUCGACUCGAUCGGUUUAAAUUUCUUCACACGCAAACUCAAUGAAUAUUCUUACCUAUGCCCGGGUUUCUUUCCCUGGAUUAAUCCUGGACAGGCGACCACCGAAACCGGCAUGUAUGUAACCAAACUGGUUGGCCUCAUGUUCGGUCUCAUAUUCUUCUUGGAUCUGUUUGCGGCCAUUGGCUUGUCCGGUGGUUUCGCCAUAUUUAUUUAUUUCAUUUUAUUUAUCGGCAUAUUUGUGAUAUUAUUAAUUAUCUCAAGACAACCACAAAAUAGAUAUGCUCUUGCGUUCCUUACACCAGGACUUCCAUUUAUUCCGGCCAUUGCCAUUACUGUUAAUAUUUAUUUAAUAUUUAAGUUAAGCAUCUUGACCUUAGUUAGAUUUACUAUAUGGAUGUCGUUGGGCUUCGUUAUGUACUUUUAUUAUGGCAUAACACACAGUACACUCGAGCAGACCACCGAAGAGCUGGAGUUAAAGGUUGAUAAGGAUUAUAACAAGAAUCGGACAAGUAGAGAAGAGAAAGCAGUGUGGGAUCAACCAUCCUAUAUGAAUCAAAAUCAUGAACCGGUGUGGGCAAGCAAAGAUAACACGCAACAGGCAGCGACAAAGCAAUCAACAAAGACCCGCAAUACUCGAAAACCAUCAUCGGCUACAUCAUCGUCACCGUCAAACCCUAGAACGACAAACGCUACAAAUCAAGCCUUGAAUGCUAACAAUAGUACAAGCGGUUCGUUCAGUAUGUUUAUAGAUGAAACGCAAUUCCCAAAAUGGGAAGAUUAAGUGCCACAACCAGCAAUUAACAUAACAGAAAAUCGAGAUAAGAUUGGCAUUUAGCAUUUAGUUAAACAUAUGAAACUUUAUUCAUCAUUUAUUUAAUUCCUUUUACUCGUAUAAAUUAUUUCAUUUUCAUUUAAUAUUCAAUUCAUUCAAUUG